AAAAAUUCUAGUCUGUAGUUCGUCUUGGCGUCUUCGUUGUUUCAUCGCGGUCGUGUAUUUGCAAAAUAAAGCUUAUUUGAAAAUGUUAUUUUUUGUCCGCGUACGUAAUUAGUGCAACCUUUGUUCUGGUUUCCAGACAAACGCUAUUUAGCGCUAAUCGAACGCGUUUAAAUAGCACCUUUAACAAGAUGGCUGAUAUAAAGGCUAUGUUCAACAAAGUAAAUAAUGCUGCUCAAAAUGGUACGGCGGAGGCGGCGCCUCCGGCCAAAGGUGCUAAGGGCACAAUUGAAAAAAUUUACCAGAAAAAGACACAACUUGAACACAUUCUCCUUCGUCCAGACACAUACAUAGGGUCUGUGGAACGGACCACUGAGUUGAUGUGGAUUUUUGACAAGACUAAGGAGUGCAUGGUUCAGAAAGAAUUGAACUUUGUGCCAGGUUUAUACAAAAUAUAUGAUGAAAUCUUAGUAAAUGCCGCUGACAACAAACAAAGAGAUCCCAAAAUGGAUGUCAUCAAAAUUGAAAUUAACCAGGAACAAAAUACAAUAUCCGUUUACAACAAUGGGUGUGGUAUUCCUGUAGUAAUGCACAAAGAAGAGAAAAUGUAUGUGCCUACUAUGAUUUUUGGCCACCUUCUCACAUCAUCUAAUUAUAAUGACGAGGAAGAGAAAGUGACAGGUGGAAGAAACGGCUAUGGUGCCAAGUUAUGUAACAUUUUCUCAACAAAGUUUACCCUAGAAACUGCAUCCAAACAAUAUAAAAAACAUUUUAAACAGACAUGGGGCUCUAACAUGACAAAGGCCUCUGAACCAAAGGUAAAGGAGGCUGGCAAAGAUGACGAUUUUACAAAAGUGACUUUCAGCCCUGAUUUGGCUAAGUUUAAGAUGGAAAAGUUAGAAGAUGAUAUAGUAGCUUUAAUGUCCCGGCGAGCUUAUGACAUUGCUAUGUCAACACAGGGCGUGAAAGUGUACCUGAAUGGAGAAAGACUUAAGAUUAAUAAGUUUAAAGACUAUGUAGAUUUGUACAUAAAAGGUAAAGAAGAUGAAAAUGGGCAACCGUUAAAAGUAGUCUAUGAAAAAGUGAAUGACCGGUGGGAGCUUGCCCUCACACUCUCUGACAAAGGCUUUCAACAAGUCUCAUUUGUUAAUUCAAUAGCUACAACAAAAGGUGGAAAACAUGUUGACACAGUUUCUGAUAGCAUAGUCAAAAAUGUUCUAGAAAUACUAAAAAAGAAAAACAAAGGUGGAGUAAAUAUUAAGCCUGUGCAAGUUAAAAACCAUAUGUGGGUGUUCAUUAACUGUUUGAUUGUAAACCCAACCUUUGAUUCACAAACAAAAGAGUAUAUGACCCUUCAAGCUAAGAGUUUUGGUUCUAAAUGUAAUUAUUCUGAUAAAUUCAUAACGGCGGUAACAAAAUCUGGUCUAGUGGAGUCCGUCUUGACAUGGGCAAAGUUUAAAGCUCAAACAGAAUUGGUAAAGGCAUCUGGUAAGAAACAGAGUAAACUGAAAGGUAUACCUAAACUAGAAGAUGCCAACGACGCUGGCACUAAAAACGCGCACUUGUGCACCUUGAUCCUGACGGAGGGAGACUCAGCCAAGUCCUUGGCUGUUUCCGGUCUCGGCGUGGUCGGCAGAGACCACUAUGGCGUGUUCCCUCUGAAGGGCAAACCCCUCAAUGUAAGAGAUGCAUCUCACAAACAAGUAUUAGAAAAUGUUGAAAUAAACAAUGUGAUUAAAAUCCUCGGACUCCAAUAUAAAAAGAAAUACAAUUCAGUUGACGAUCUAAAAUCAUUAAGGUAUGGCAAAGUUAUGAUCAUGGCUGAUCAGGAUCAGGACGGCUCUCACAUCAAAGGAUUGAUUAUCAAUUUUAUACAUCACAAUUGGCCAGAGUUACUAAAACUGCCAUUUCUUGAAGAAUUUAUUACUCCCAUUGUAAAAGCUACAAAAAAAGACAAAGAAAUCUCUUUCUAUUCAUUACCUGAGUUUGAGGAAUGGAAGAACAAUACAGAGAACCAUCACACGUAUAAUAUCAAAUACUACAAGGGUUUGGGUACAUCCACAUCCAAGGAGGCUAAAGAAUACUUCCAGAAUAUGGACAGGCAUAGAAUUAGGUUUAAAUAUGGUGGUCCCACUGAUGAUCACCAUAUAGAGUUGGCAUUUUCAAAGAAAGGUGCUGACCAACGCAAGGAGUGGUUGACUAACCACAUGGAUGAAGUGAAACGUAGGAAAGAAAUUGGCCUUCCUGAAAGAUAUUUGUACACGAAAGACACUAAAGCUGUGUCAUAUUCUGAUUUCGUAAAUUUAGAGCUGGUACUCUUUUCUAAUGGAGAUAAUGUGAGAUCAAUACCGUCUAUGGUGGACGGUUUGAAACCUGGUCAACGUAAAGUCAUCUUUACAUGCAUCAAACGUAAUGAUAAACGCGAAGUGAAGGUGGCCCAGCUGGCUGGUUCAGUCGCCGAACAAUCGGCCUACCAUCACGGUGAGCAGUCCCUAGCUAUGACGAUAGUGAACCUGGCGCAGAACUACGUGGGCUCGAACAACAUCAACUUGCUGGAGCCGCGCGGUCAGUUCGGGACCCGUCUCUGCGGCGGCAAGGACUCGGCCAGCCCGCGUUACAUCUUCACGCUCAUGUCCCCGCUCACCAGGCUACUCUUCCACCCACAUGAUGAUCCAUUACUUGUUCACGAGUUUGAAGACAAUCAGAAAAUUGAGCCGAUAUAUUAUCUUCCGAUCAUUCCUAUGGUCCUGGUGAACGGCGCUGAAGGCAUAGGAACUGGAUGGUCUACGAAAAUACCUAACUACAACCCCAGGGAUAUUGCUGAGAAUAUAAGGCGGAUGUUAGACGGCGAGGAGCCGAAGCCGAUGCACCCGUGGUACAAGAACUUCCGCGGCACCAUCGAGGGCUUCGGCGACAAGUACGUGAUCUCGGGCGAGGCCGCCGUCCUGCCCGGCGAGCGUCUGGAGAUCAGCGAGCUGCCCGUGGGCGCCUGGACGCAGAACUACAAGGAGAACGUGCUCGAGCCCAUGCUGGGCACCGACAAAGUCAAGCCGCUCAUCUCAGAGUACAGGGAAUACAACACAGACACGACAGUGCGGUUCGUGGUGAGCCUGUUACCGGGCAAGCUGGCCGAGGUGGAGGCGGAGGGCAUCCACAAGGUCUUCAAGUUGCAGACCACCAUAUCCCUGACCUGCAUGAACGCCUUCGACCACAACUCCUGCCUUAAAAAGUACGACAAAGUGGAAGAGAUCUUGCGCGACUUCUACGCGUUGCGCGUGCAGUACUACGCGCGUCGCAAGGAGUACCGCCAGGGCCAGCUGCAGGCCGAGGCCGACAAGCUGUCCAACCAGGCCCGCUUCAUACUCGAGAAGUGCGACAAGGGACUCGUCGUCGAGAACAAGAAGCGCAAGGCCAUGGUCGAGGAACUCAUCAAGAGAGGCUAUGCUCCUGACCCUAUCGCGGAUUGGAAGAAGCGCGCGAGCAAGAUCCAAGGACUGACGGCAGUGGAAGAAGACCCUCAGGACUCUGAUGAUGAACCCGAACCAGAAUCCGAGAAAGGAAAACCUGUUGAUCCAGAAAAAGCUUUCCAAAAUUUGAAGGAAGUGAAAAAGUUUAACUAUCUGUUGGGAAUGUCCAUGUGGAUGUUAACUAAGGAGAAAAAAGAUGAGCUGCUCAAGCAAAGGGACCAGAAACUUGCCGAGUUAGAUGAACUAAAAGCAAAGACACCGGCAAUGUUGUGGCGUGAGGAUCUUGACGAGUUUCUUAUCAAAUUGGAAGAAAUCGAGGAGAAAGAGAGGCAGGAAGAGAUGACCUGUAAUAAGAAGACUGCCAAAGCCGCGAAUGCGAAUAAGAAGAGCCGCAAGUCACUAAUGGACAUUGCGCCUGCGGACAAUGGCAGACGAGUUGAGCCGAAGAUUUCAGAAGAUUUGAUCAAGAGGAUUCAGGCGGCCGAGAAGGCGAAAACUAGAAAAGAAAUCAAGAAAGAAUAUGACCCGGAUGAUCCGACUGGCAUAAGUCCGAUCAGUGCGGAGAAGAAGCCUAAAGGUCGCGUAAAGAAGGAGAAGCCAGAAAAAGCUGAGAAACCUGAAAAGGUUAAAUCAGAAACGGACAAAGCGGCUGGCGAUGGCUUAAAACAAACUAAGCUUGUCUUCAAAAAAGAAACUAAAAAGAAGCGCACGUUCAGCGGCAGCAGCGCGGAGUCGGGCUCCGACGUGGAGCCGGGCGCCGCGCCCGCGCCCCGCGCGCGCCCCGCCGCCCGCCGCGCCGCCGCGCAGGUUCAAAAAUACAAAGACGGCUCUGAGGAAUCGGACUCAGGUUCAGACGUGGAACUAUUGGACAACAAGCUGGAAUCCGAGGGCGAAGCGCCGCGGAUGUUGUCCGAGAGCGACGACGAGGACGACUUCAAUGUCAAGAAGAACGCCAACAAGAAACCCGCCGAAAUGGACUCGGAUUGUUUAUUUGACUCCCUUAUCGAAGACACAAAGAACGAGGAAAAAGAUAAAGCUAAAAAUAACGGCGCGAGUCAUCCUACGGCUGUGCUGUCGAGCGACGAAGAAUCCCAGCCUAAGAAGAAGCCGGGGCCCAAACGGAAGCUCAUGAAUGAUAAUAAGAAGCCCAAAAAGAGGCCAGCUAAAGAUAUGCUGAGUGACGACGACGAUGACAGCAUAUUUGACAGCAAAAAGGAUCAAAAGAAAAAGGCAGCGCCUAAAAAGAAGUUGAAGAAGAAGGUGGCGAGUGAUUCCGAGUUGGACGCUCACAAUUUCAGCUUCUCAGAUUCCGACUAAAUCACCAAGCAGUAUCGUACCGGAGGCCGCAGGUUCUCGCAGCAGUGGCCGGGCCCUGCAGGCGGUGACUCCGGUACUACGUAUUAUUAUAGUUCGUAUCGAAUACAAUACAUCUCACAUUGUAUUUUUUAUACAUUUUGGCCUACAGUCAGUGACUGCGCAGAGAAAUACAUGUUUGUAACCUUUCCGUUAUAACUAAGUAAUAGUUAUUUAUAAUUUAGACUUAAUUAGGUAAUUUGUAAUUAGUUGAAAUUCGUCUGACAUGUUGUGAAAGAAAUUUUAAAAGAUUUUAAAUAAAGCCCGUUUGGCCUUUUCUGAAAUAGAUUUUUAUGAAAGACUGUACAUAUUAUGACAAGACGUUACAAUUCGAUUUAUUUUUCCAUCUAUUCUUUCUUUGUUUCUAUCCUAUUUAUCAUUCAGUAUUUGGCAGUUAUAUUCAAAUUAAGGUAUUUUAUUACUUUACUAGCAUUUUAAGAAAUUCUGACAUUCUAAUUAAUUUUAUAAUUAUAUUCAAUUUUACAGGUUUGCUUUUUUAUGAAACAAUCUUACUAUGAAAUGUUUAGCAAAUGAAAAUAAUCCGGUAUUAUUAUGAAGAUUGCGAUUAAAUUUAAAAUUCUGUCAUUAUUUUUAUGUUACAAA